GAAUAAACUAGUAUCUGUAUUCUUCCACAGCUCAAUAACUAAUUAAUUUAAACUACCCUUUCAAUUCAAAUACCCCUGCAGAAAAUCCCAACUAGCUCAGCAGUUACUUCAGCCAUGUCUUCUUCCAUAUUACCACCCUUCUUCUACUCUCUCUUCAUCAUCAUCCUUCCUCUCUUCGUUUCCCUUUCCAAUUGCCAACCCCCUAGACGAGUUCGAAUCAACUGUGGCGCUGGUGUUAGCUCAGUGAUCGACGGCAAAGAAUGGUCGCCGGACGGCGACUACAUCGCCGUGGGGACCCCAAAGAACGUACCUUUCCCGCCGCCCGUUCGGGACCCCAGAUUCUUGACUGCCCGUACGUUCCCUCUCCUGAACAACAGAUUCAAGAAAUUCUGUUACACUGUCCCUGUUUUUCGGGGAGGGAAAUAUCUGGUCCGUACGGCGUAUUUCUACGGCGGAGUCAACGGGCAUCGGGUGGCCCCGGUGUUUGAUCAGAUUGUGGAUGGUACUCUGUGGAGUGUUGUGAAUAUAACAAAGGAGGAUGAAGAGGGGGGUUACAUUAAUAAUCAAAAUGGAUCGAUGAUAAGGCCAAAGUACUAUGAAGGGGUGUUUUUAGCUGGGGAUAAGACUAUGAAGGUGUGUUUGGGAGACAAUAACUAUACUGAAUCCGACCCUUUUAUAUCAGCCCUGGAAAUUUUGUUGGUGUGGGAUUCUUUAUACAAUUCUACUGAUUUCAGCAAGUAUGCUCUUAGUCUCCAUGCAAGGCACAACUUUGGAUACAAUGGGUCAACCAUUAGAUACCCUGAUGAUGAAUUUGAUCGUUACUGGGAGCCGUUUGGAGAACACUCUCCUUCACAAAACUUAAGCAGUGUUUCUAUAUCCGGUUUCUGGAAUCGUCCCCCUCUGAAAGUAUUUGAGACGCGUUAUGAAAACAGAAAGCCCGAACCGAUGCAAUUGUUGUGGCCUCCAAUGCCGCUGCUGAAUGCUACAUAUCACAUUGCUCUUUACUUUGCGAAUGAUCGAGAUUCUGUUUCAGACAGAGUUUUCAACAUAAGCUUGAAUGGCUUAGUUUAUUACCCUAAUCUUAAUGUCACUCCUUCUGGUGUAGUGGUCUUCACAAACCAGUGGCUUCUCUCUGGCAUUACAAAUAUAACUCUGAACCCUACCCCUGGUUCAAGUGUUGGCCCUGUCAUCAAUGCAGGAGAGAUUUUUCAAGUGCUACCUGUUGGUGGAAAAACACACACUAGAGAUGUGGCUGCUUUGGAAGGGGUAAAGAGAAGUUUCAAAAAUCCUCCACUGGAUUGGAAUGGUGAUCCAUGUCUCCCCCCUCAGUACCCAUGGACUGGAGUUGUGUGCUCUGGAGAAUCCCGGAUUCGUGUCAUAGCUUUAAACCUGACAAGGAUGGACCUGUCUGGAACAAUUUCGCCAAACAUUGCCAACUUGUCUGCGCUGAGUGGCAUCUGGCUUGGAAACAAUAAUUUGUCUGGAGUCAUCCCAGAUUUAUCUUCUUUGAAGAGACUGGAAACGUUACAUUUAGAAGACAAUCGGCUUGGUGGUGAUAUUUUGCCAUCACUUGGGAGCAUUGAUAACCUCCAUGAACUGUUCUUACAAAACAACAAUCUCACUGGAAAAAUACCAGACAAGGUUCUUGAAAAACCGGGAAUGAACAUUAGGACAUCUCCUGGGAAUCCAUUAUUAUCUCAACCACCAAUAUGAAGAAGUGGAUAAGUUGAAGAAACUCUAUAGACUAUAUAUACAGAGCAUAUAAAAAAGCAGUAAUAGGUGUCAUUCUUAUGUUGUACAUAUAUCCAUUGCGUGAAAAUUAUGUAACUCUUUCAACAUUCUCAUAUACAAUCUCACUCACUUUGAUGUCUCAUUUUUUGGGAAAUUCUUCUAAAUCUAUUAUAGUAUUUGUUUAUGAUAAUGUCAA